AGAUGGGUGUUAUGCCAGAGAUUGCUCAGGCUGUAGAGGAGAUGGACUGGCUUCUCCCUACAGAUAUCCAGUCUGAGUCCAUCCCUUUGAUCCUGGGUGGUGGUGAUGUUUUGAUGGCAGCAGAGACCGGUAGUGGAAAGACUGGAGCCUUUAGCAUACCUGUUAUACAGAUAGUGUAUGAAACACUCAAGGACCAACAAGAAGGCAAGAAGGGGGGCAAAGCAAGUGUCAAGACUGGAGGUGCAGUCUUUAACAAAUGGCAGAUGAAUCCUUAUGACCGGGGCUCAGCAUUUGCUAUUGGAGGUGAUGGUUUGUGCUGUCAGAGCAGGGAAUUCAAGGAAUGGCAUGGAUGCCGAUCUACAAAAGGAGUGACCAAGGGAAAAUAUUACUAUGAAUUGUCUUGCCAUGACCAGGGCUUGUGCAGAGUUGGUUGGUCUACCAUGCAGGCUUCUCUUGAUUUGGGUACUGACAAAUAUAGUUUUGGAUUUGGUGGAACUGGAAAGAAAUCUUUCAACAAACAAUUUGAUAGCUAUGGGGAGGAAUUUACCAUGCACGAUACUAUUGGAUGCUACCUCGAUUUUGAAAAAGAGAUUUUAUUAUUUUCAAAAAAUGGGAAAGAUCUUGGCCACGCUUUCGAUAUUCCUGCACAUCUAAAGGGCCAAGCCUUCUUUGCUGCUUGUGUUUUAAAGAAUGCUGAGCUCAGAUUUAACUUUGGUGAAGAAGAGUUCAAAUUCCCUCCAAAGGAUGGCUUCAUAGCACUGAACAAGGCUUCUGAUGGUCAUACUGUGAAGUCACAGCACACCGGAACCGCACAGGUGGCUCAGGCUAAGAACUUACCAAACUCGCCAAAGUCGCUUAUUAUUGAGCCUUCUAGAGAACUGGCUGAACAAACCCUCAACAACGUUAAACAGUUUAAGAAAUAUGUGGUUGAUCCCAAACUAAGGGAACUUUUGAUUAUUGGAGGUGUAUCUGCAAAAGACCAACUAGCUGUGUUGGAGCAAGGGGUGGAUAUAGUUGUUGGAACUCCAGGCAGAAUAGAUGACCUUGUUUCAACAGGAAAACUGAAUCUGUCUCAAGUUAGGUUUUUGGUGCUGGAUGAAGCUGAUGGCUUGCUUACUCAAGGAUAUUCUGAUUUCAUCUCAAGAAUACAUUCUCAGAUUCCUCAAGUUACAUCUGAUGGCAAGAGACUGCAAGUAAUUAUCUGCUCUGCCACACUUCAUUCAUUUGAUGUCAAGAAACUGGCGGAGAAGAUCAUGCAUUUCCCAACCUGGGUAGAUCUUAAAGGAGAGGAUUCUGUUCCUGAGACUGUACAUCAUGUUGUUGUGCGAGUUAACCCCAAAAAUGACCGCUCCUGGGAGAAACUUGGAAAACACGUCCGGACCGAUGAGGUACAUGCAAGAGACAACACAAGACCUGGUGCCAAUUCUCCAGAGAUGUUGUCAGAAGCUAUUAAAAUCUUAAAAGGUGAAUACAUCCUGCGUGCAAUCAAAGAGCACAAGAUGGAUCAGGCGAUUAUCUUUUGCAGAACAAAGAUUGACUGUGAUAACUUGGAACAGUAUUUUAUUCAGAAUGGUGGAGGACCAGAUCGAAAAGGUCAUCAGUUUGCUUGUGUUUGUUUGCAUGGUGACAGGAAACCUCAUGAAAGAAAACAAAACUUGGAAAGAUUCAAGAAAGCGGAUGUAAAAUUUCUGAUCUGUACUGAUGUUGCUGCCAGGGGUAUUGACAUUCAUGGUGUUCCUUUUGUCAUUAAUGUGACUCUUCCUGAUGAAAAGCAGAACUAUGUGCAUAGAAUCGGUAGAGUGGGGAGAGCUGACAGGAUGGGUCUUGCCAUUUCCUUGGUAGCAUCUGAGAAAGAAAAGGUUUGGUACCAUGUUUGCGCCAAUCGUGGGAAAGGUUGCUACAACACAAGGCUGAAGGAUCAAGGUGGCUGCACUAUAUGGUACAACGAAACACAGCUGUUGAGUGACAUUGAAGAGCACUUGAAUGUCAUCAUCUCCCAGGUUGAGCCUGACCUAAAGAUACCAGUGGAUGAAUUUGAUGGAAAAGUGGUCUAUGGCAAGAAAAAAGCAGCAGGAGGUGGUCAGUACAAGGGCCAUGUCGAUGCUUUGGCAUCCACAGUACAAGAGCUGGCUGCUCUUGAAAAAGAAGCUCAAUCAUCGUUCUUACAUUUUGGCUACCUUCCCAACCAAUUGUUCAGACGUGUUUAAUAACAUGCCUGGAGAUGCCUCAGUGAAUAUUUAGGAAGCAAAAAAAAAGUUUGAAACUGUUUAAUGGUACAGAAUUACUUCCAGGAAUGGUUAAGCAUUUCUGAUUUUCAAACUACAUUUCAGCAUUUAUCAAUAUUUAAAUACCGGCAUAAUGUGACAAUGAUACAUUGGCUGCUAGGGUUGAAUUUGAAAUUAAAAUGAUUUGAAAAUCA